AUGGAUGGCCACAGCCAUGGGCACGAUCAUGGCCAUGGCCAUGGCGACGAAGGACAUGGCCACAGCCACUCCGUGGAGACGCCCAAAUCCGACUAUCUCGAUGACGAGCAGCGUCUGCAAAGAGCCGUGUUCUGGGCCCUGUCGUUUAUGCUGGUGGAGAUCAUCGGUGGGUUGAUGGCCAAUUCUUUGGCCGUUCUUACGGAUGCAGCACACAUGCUGUCCGAUGUCGGUGGUUUCAUCGUGUCGCUGGUUGCCCUACAGCUUUCCAGAAUGGAAGCAACGAAAGAGUACACGUUCGGCUACAAGCAGGCAGAAGUUCUGGGCGCGCUGUUGUCAGUGGCCCUUGUUUGGGCCCUUACAGCAGUUCUGCUGUCGGAGGCAGUGCCAAGAUUUUUCAGGCCGGAACCAGUCAACGGGAAACUGAUGUUUGUCGUUGCCACGAUCGGCUUGGUUGUGAACCUGGUAUUGAUGCAGGUGUUGGGGCACGGACACUCGCACGAUGGUGGCCAUGGACAUUCCCACGACGAUGACAGCGUUGCUGUGCAAGCCGCCCUGGCCCACGUCAUCGGCGACAUUGUUCAAUCGCUGGGGGUCUGUGUGGCAGCCUUGUGCAUCUGGUUGGAACCUUUCGAUAUUGGGUCGACUCCAACUGCAGAUGGAGAGGUCAGCAACUGGAUUUAUGCCGAUCCAAUGUGCACCUGUAUGUUUGGGGUGAUCGUGCUUUUUACCACCAGGUCGACUAUGGUGCGCACCGUAGAGACGUUGAUGGGCAAGGCACCAACAAGUAUAGAUCAGGACAAGAUGUCGGAUGAAUUGCUGCGAAUAGAAAAUGUCGAAUCCAUUCAUGACCUCCACGUUUGGAAAUUUGGAUCCAGCCAAGUCUGUUGCACAGCACAUCUAGUUGUCGAUUCGCCUGAGCAUCAAGGGCGGGCUUUGCGUGAGGCGAUUGCGAUCGUCAAGCGAAAAGGAAUCGGACACAGCACCUUCCAGAUGGAGGUGCUCGGGGAGAUGGCAGCUGACAGAUGUGGAGGUUGCGAUGACAGCCCUUUGGAUCAUGGCCACGAUCAUGCUGAGGGCGGCGGCCACAAGUCCCACGGUCACGAGUCCCAUGGGCACGAGUCCCAUGGGCACGAGUCUCACUGUGAUGGGUCCCAUGGGUCCCAUGGACACGAGGGCCACGGGCACGAGUCACACGGACAUGGGCACGAUGGAGCCCAUGAUAAUGGCCAUUCUCACAGUCAUUGA